GCGUAGCCAGAGUGUGAGUACGAUGAAUACUGCAUUGCCGAAUGCCGUCUUUGCAACUUCCUUUCAGGCACAUAGUCCUCAAUUAGGCCAAGAAUCAGGCAUUCCUUCGCAUGGCUGUUGCUUUCUGUGACUCUGUUUUGUCGAUGGGAUGCAGCAAUAGUACUGAAAGCUAAUAGAGUAAGGGCACAGUAGCUAGAAUAGAGAACUCCCACUCGGAGUUUUGCAGCCAAGGUGAACACGUCUUUGCAGUCGAAUGACUAUCUGGAGAAAGCUCUUACAAAUUACGGUGGUUUGUUCGUGGAACUAGAUACUGCGCAAACAUGGCAACAGGAGACAACAAUGUGUAUUACUCGCCGAAGUACACGGAUGAACUAUAUGAAUAUCGACAUGUCAUUAUGCCAAAGGAGCUAUUGCACCUUGUGCCAAAGGAGAAGCUCAUGUCUGAGAAGGAGUGGAGAAGUAUUGGCGUACAGCAAUCUGAAGGAUGGGUCCACUACAUGAUACACAACCCAGAACCGCACAUUCUUCUCUUCAGACGAUCAAAGCCACUUGGCACGUGAGCUGUUGCAUCAUCACUAUGUCUCUCUGUCUCCCUCUCUCUAUCCAUCUGUCUACCUAUCUCUAUGUCUCACACUCACUCUCACACACGCACACACCACACCACAUCACAGCACAUAUCAAUGUACUCAUGCAUGCAUGCAUGCACACACGCAGACCUUCAUACUUCGCCAUAAUGAUUAACCUACCGGAUAACAUGUGAGAAUGCUAUUGCACAUGGCCUAUGGCUUUCUUAGAUCUAUCGCAUGCAUAGUAUUUGAAUUUCCCUUUUUAACCCUUGCUGCUGGCACUGCUUGCUUCUUAGCUCAUGUACAUGUAUGUAGGAUUUAGCUGCACCCGUUUCUUCUAAGAUAAUGCCCGUGCGCUUGAUCGCUGCUCUGUGGUGUUCUCUAUGCUCUGCACACACGCGCACAUGCGCAGCUGACACUCGUGCUUAGUCAGUUUCUAUUGGAAAUCUUUCAUCUGUAGGUUUGCAUCGAUGCCGUUCUCUCUAGUAUAAGAACAUGCACA